CUUCUCUUCACUCAUUCUCAAUUUGGGUUUUAUGAUUAUUGUUGAAUAGAUUUCAAAUUAGGACGCUUAUUUGUCUGAAUCCAUCUCUGUAAAGCCUUCGAUUUGCAGGUUUUGAGGUGAAAAAGGCAAGAAAAUACAGUAUGCAGAUAUUCGUGAAGACAUUGACGGGAAAGACCAUCACUCUGGAGGUGGAAAGCUCUGAUACUAUCGACAAUGUGAAGGCAAAGAUCCAGGACAAGGAGGGAAUCCCUCCCGAUCAGCAGCGCCUCAUUUUUGCGGGCAAACAGCUGGAGGAAGGGCGUACCCUUGCCGACUAUAACAUCCAGAAGGAGUCCACCCUUCAUCUGGUUCUCCGUCUCAGGGGAGGGAUGCAAAUCUUUGUCAAAACCCUAACCGGCAAGACUAUCACUCUGGAGGUCGAGAGCUCCGACACCAUCGACACCAUCAAGGCCAAAAUUCAGGACAAGGAAGGGAUUCCCCCAGACCAGCAGCGCCUGAUCUUUGCCGGUAAGCAGCUGGAGGACGGCAGAACCCUAGCCGACUACAACAUCCAGAAGGAAUCGACCCUGCACCUUGUGCUUCGCCUGCGUGGUGGAAUGCAGAUCUUUGUUAAAACCCUAACCGGCAAGACCAUCACUUUGGAAGUGGAGAGCUCCGACACCAUUGACAAUGUGAAGGCGAAGAUCCAAGACAAGGAGGGCAUUCCUCCUGAUCAGCAGCGCCUCAUCUUCGCUGGGAAGCAGCUGGAGGAGGGCCGAACUCUGGCUGAUUAUAACAUCCAGAAGGAGUCCACACUUCACCUCGUCCUGCGCCUCCGAGGAGGGUUUUAAUCUCAUACUUCUGCUUUAUUCGUACCCCUGAUAUAUGUAUACGAGCAUUUUCAUUAAAUAAAUAAAUCUCUCUUACAUUAGUUUCCCA